AAAUACGGCGAAAGUAUAUUUAGUUAAUUUUAAUUUGAUCAUUUUUUUAAAAGAAUAAAAGUGUAAAAUAGAAAGUACCAUCAUUUUGAUCACUCCAACCAGUUGCUCACACUGGUUCUUGUUCAACAUCAUUGAUCAUCCUCAAUUUCCACUAUGCUAUACUACUAAACAAUCCAUCAAAAUCAUCAGAUCUAGAGUUCAUUUUCCAAUUACAAUUAAAGUGAUUGCAUCAGAUGAAAUUUUUUUCACCUAAAUGAAACAUAAAUAAAGCAAGAUUUCGACCAGACACGAUCACAAUUUACAAAUAUAAUUCCCAUAAUAUUGGAAGGUAAAAAAUUACAGUUAUAGAGAGAGAAAGAGAGGAUGAAGGAGUUGUUUGGGGGACCAGGGAAAGUGAGUGGAUUAGUAUUGAGAAUGGGACAGUGUGUAUUUGGUGUUGCUUCUAUUGCUGUUAUGGCUUCUUCUCAUGGUUUUGCCACUUGUACUGCUUUCUGCUAUUUAAUUGCAUCAAUGGGGCUGCAAGUAAUAUGGAGCUUCUCACUUGCCUGCAUGGAUAUCCAUGCCUUACGAUUAAAGAGAGAUCUAAGGAAUCACAUCUACCUGAGCCUGCUCGUAGUUGGUGAUUGGGUGACAGGCAUUUUAUCACUUGCUGCUGCAUGCUCAUCAGCUGGUGUGGUAGUUUUGAUUAUUAAAGAUACAAAUAUGUGCAAAGCCAACCCUAAACUUUCCUGCCACAUGUUCCAAAUUUCUGUUGCUUUGGCUUUCCUCUCAUGGUUCUUCCUUGCCAUUUCUUCCUUCGUCAUGUUUUGGCUCGCGGCCUCUGAUUAAAAGUCCAUUCUCUACGCGCUACCACAUUUUCGUAUGGUGAUGUGGUUAUUAUCAACUUUGACAACUUAUGUACAGGAAGUAGUAACUAUGUUUUUUUCCACUAGUGGCUUGUUUCUUGGUAAUUGUUUUGAGGUUCAUCAUAUCUGGAAAUGAACCUCUUCUCAUUAAAACCAUUUUUUCUGGUUCUGUAAUGUCGUGGAUACAUGAAAUAGGAUGCCAUUUAAUACCUCCUAUGUUAUCUUUGGUUGUUUGUCAUAUUUGAUUUUUGACA